AGAAGAAGCUGGUGAAGAAGAUGAGGCGAACAGGCCCAUCCCUCACCGGAUUCGCAUGCGGACCGACAACACCAUCAGGUACAACGCGAAGCGCAGGCACUAGCGCCGCACCAAGCUAGGGUUCUGAGGUGUUUUCAUGGGAGGAGGUGUUUUUGCUUUGGAGAGUUAUGUGCCUGUUUCUGCUAAAUGGAUGACGGAAAGGUGUGCCGUAUGUAGAUGGGUUGAAGAUUGGGACUAUAACAAAAUGAUAAUCUGCAACAGGUGUCAGAUAGCUGUGCAUCAAGAAUGUUAUGGGGUAAACAACGUCCAAGACUUCACUUCAUGGGUUUGCAGGGCAUGUGAAACGCUUGAUGUGAGGAGGCAGUGUUGUCUUUGUCUGGUAGAAGGGGGUGCUUUGAAGCCAACGGAUAUCGAGCCGCUCUGGGUUCAUGUCACAUGCGGGUGGUUUUGCCCCGAAGUUGGCUCGAAUCAUGAGAAAAUGGAACCAGCCACCGGAAUACUUAGAAUUCCUCCAACUUCUUUUUUUGAAGGUAAUCCAUACUUAUUUAGAUUUACAGUUUUGAAGAUUGCUGUUUCUUUGAUGUGGUGGAUUGUACUUAUUGUGGAAAUGAUAAAAGCGUUUAGCAAUAGAGGAGAACCUGAUUUCAUAAUAGCUUUAUAG